UGCUUACGAGGUGCUUAGGAGGUUUCGAUCGUCAAGGGUCAAAAACAAAAAAUGACAUUACCUACGCAAGUACAACUCGGAACCAUAAAAAGCAUAACGCCUCACCUAGCACAGAAGGUUGAAAAAUGAAAAAAGCCAGUGUUCGUGAGACUGAGGUGUUCUGUUUUUUCUUUUCCAGCUGACCUCCCAGCAUCCUUAUGCCGAAGUUUUCAUCGGCCAGCCGCACGUCUGGACUGUUGACCUCGAUAAUCAGGAGGAGGUGGAGGAUGCCGUGAAAGCAAUUUUAAGUCAGAAGAUUGAGCCGUACAUGCCAUAUGAAUUCACAUGCGAGGGGGUACUACAGAGAAUCAACGCUUUCAUCGAAAAACAGGACUUCUGCCAUGGGCAAGUGAUGUGGCCGCCCCUGAGUGCCCUGCAGGUAAAGCUUGCUGAGCCCGGGCAGUCCUGCAAGCAGGUGUGUCAGGAGAAACAGCUCAUCUGUGAGCCUUCCUUCUUCCAGCAUCUCAACAAGGACAAGGACUUGCUGAAGUACGAGGUGACCUGCCAAAGCUCAGAGAUGGCCAAGGACAUCGUGGUGCCCUCCUUCGACCCCAAGAACAAGCACUGUGUGUUUCAGGGUGACCUCCUGCUGUUCAGCUGUGCCGGCGCCCAUCCCAGGCACCGGAGGAUCUGCCCCUGCCGGGACUUCAUCAAGGGCCAGGUGGCUCUUUGUAAAGACUGUCUCUAGCAGCGACCAGCUCGUCCCCGCACGCACUCUCCUGGGGAAGACGGUGGCUCCAGCCCCACCGGGGCAAGGCCGAGCACCUUCAUGUGAAGAUAUGGAUGGAUGUAGAGAGACUCAAGACUUCUUUAGGAAGGUAGGAAUUUCCUAAAGCGGAGGGCGGGUUCCUUUCCUUCUUGUGGGCUUCAACAAAAAAAAUGGAAAACCAAGUUUUUAUAGCAAAAGGCCAAAUUAGCUGUCUAGUGUCCGAUGCAGAAAAAAACUACCCUAGCUUUCUUAGCACUUAGGGUUUUUGCGAGGAUUCAGUUUAGCAGUGAAUUAGCAGUGAAUUAGCAGUGUUUAGCAGUGUCUGGCAUAUAGUAAGCCCUAGUAAAUGUUAAAUAUUGUUGUUAUUCGCCUUUCAUAAAAUUCAAGAAAGAGCUGAGCUCACUUCCUAUCAUUGAUUCAGAAGUAGUACCUACAGGAGAAUACUCCAAGUUGAUGGCAUGUUGUAGGACGUAGUGGUGGAAGACACCUGAGUCCUGUGUCCACCCUGCUGGUUAAAAUGCACUGACUGGAAAAUAUGCCUGACUUCAGCCCCAGAUGGAACUGGGCCACAAGAAUUAGCAAACUGAACAUAAGAGGAUGACCUCUGGCCACAUGCUGGACCGCACCCCACUCUUAUCUUCUGGACCCUUCCAGGGUUUUUCUUUGCAGAACUUGGUGAGCUGGAAAUUAAAAUGAAUUCUCUGACAGACUGUCCCCUUAAAGUUACCCAUCUUCCUCAGAAAUGCAAUGAUAGAGGCGUUUCUGUUUUUUAUUGAAGGGGAAAGGAAUGACCAAUUGAACUUAAUCGCUCCCCCAGGAAGCCCCUUCUGGCGCCCCCUGCUGGCCAGGGUGGCUCCUGCACUGUCCAGUCCAAGAGGAUUAGGCUCCCAGGCUGGUUAGUUGUCACGUUUCUCUCACAUUAAAGGUUAUUCUAUGGGGGUGGCGGGGGCGUCUUCAGAGCUCCAAGAGGCUGCUCGGGGCUUAAUGAUGUUUCCCCAGAUCACCUGAAUGUCAGUUUGUGUUUUUGGUUUUUUUUUUUCCGGGGGUGGGGGUUGGUUUCAGCCUCUUGCUUCCCUAGAUAGGUUUAGAAUUUUAUCUCCUCUCCUAUCUUGGCCCUAUUCUGCAUAGAUUGCAUUUGUGGAACAUGGAGGAAUAUGUUGGAGUCCGGUGUCUUUUUCAGAUCCUUUGGAUUCUCUUCAACUGAAUCAGCAGUCAUUUAAGAUUGGAAUUUACCUUCUUCAAAGCAUCAUUUCCUCUAUUUUUCCCAGAUCUUGUGGAGCCUUCAGAUUACCCCCCAGCCCCCUGCAUCCGGUGAGGCACGGCAAAGGGACGCAAGGGCAGCCGUGCGUCGGGCAGUGCCCUGUCUGGGUCCAUGGGGGCAAGGGUGCUCCUGGAGGCUCAGAGCCUUUGCGGUGCUGGAGGGCUCCCUGGGCCAGCCAGCCAGAAACCUAGCACAGGCAGCCCCCUCUGGCACAGCUGAGAUGGAGCACACGUGGGACGCCUUUGCUCACCGGCCUGCCCGGGUAUGAACAGGACGAACAAGAGCAGAACAGUCUAUGCCAAAGGAGACGGUGACGUCCUUUCUGCUGUAGUUGCUGUCACAGCCUUGAUGUCUGUAAGCUAAUGGCCAUUCGCGUCUGUGUCUUCAGCCAGCUCCUGGUACAACCAUUUUCUACUGUUCACUUCUGGGGUUAAGUAGUGCAGGAUUCUGCAAAUAAGGUGUUGCUGUCAGAUGUACUGUACCGGCGUAGAGAGCACUGCUUUGUUUUCCACUGUUGUAGAGAAAACUAGGGAGAACUUUAUUUUUCAAUAAACUUUUCUUGUGUGACAGAUGGAAGUGA